UUCGUUCGUGACACUGCAGCUUCCAACCAUGUAGCUUCAUUCAAAAGAACCCUGUACGUACGGUUAUCAUCCCCUAGGUUUGCGCUUAAUCGUUGAGGGACGCGUCUGCGCUGUUCUUCGAUCCGUCGAGGCGGGUGGACGGGCGGCCCCACCUAUUCUCAUCGAGUAUAUCACUUGCAGAGUGUAUUGCGCUAGUACCGUAAAAUUUCUCGGAUAAUAGUGUAGGAAGAGGAAAGGCGGGACAUCCGUCGAUCUGCGAGCAGACACACCGGAGCCGAGAUCAUGGUCACGGAUAACACGAAUCAGGCUGAUGAUACGACGGCGCUCCUGCGGGCAGCUCGAUCUGGCAAUCUGGAAAAAGUAGUCGAAUAUCUGGAUGGAGAUUUGGACAUCAACACAGCUAAUUCGAACGGAUUGAAUGCAUUGCACUUGGCAUCAAAGGAUGGGCACGUGGAGAUUGUGACAGAACUUCUGAAGCGUGGUGCUCGUGUCGAUGCUGCAACAAAGAAAGGAAACACUGCUCUUCACAUAGCUUCGUUAGCCGGUCAAGUGGAAAUAGUGAAUAUCCUUCUACAGCACGGGUCGACCGUAAACAUACAGUCUCAAAAUGGCUUCACACCGCUUUACAUGGCAGCCCAAGAAAACCACGAUCAAGUUGUCAAGAUACUACUUUGUAACGGGGCCAAUCAAAGCUUAGCGACUGAGGAUGGAUUCACACCACUUGCCGUGGCGAUGCAGCAGGGUCACGAUAAGGUUGUCAGCGUAUUACUGGAGAACGAUUCUAAGGGUAAAGUUCGACUACCCGCGCUUCAUAUAGCGGCUAAAAAGGAUGAUUGCAAGGCUGCAGAUUUGUUAUUACAGAACGAUCACAAACCAGACGUCACUUCAAAGAGUGGGUUCACACCUUUGCACAUUGCAGCGCAUUACAGUAACGAAGAAAUCGCAGGUCUAUUAAUAAAAAGAGGAGCAGAUGUGAAUUACUUAGCGAAGCACAACAUCAGUCCGCUUCACGUCGCUGCCAAAUGGGGAAAGAUCAAUAUGGUGAAAUUAUUGUUGGAAAACGCAGCUACGAUAGACGCCAAGACACGAGAUGGCUUGACGCCGUUACACUGUGCAGCAAGAUCGGGGCACGAUCAAGUCGUUGCAGUUCUUCUUGAAAAUUCAGCACCGAUCAGUGCACGAACCAAGAAUGGUUUGGCGCCCCUACACAUGGCUUCGCAAGGGGAUCACGUGGACGCCGCGAGGGUCCUCCUGUAUCACCGGGCACCGGUGGACGAGGUUACCAUAGAUUAUUUGACGUCUUUGCACGUAGCGGCCCACUGUGGCCACGUGCGGGUCGCUAAGCUCCUCCUAGACCGCAGGGCUGAUCCGAACGCUCGGGCUUUGAAUGGGUUCACUCCCCUUCAUAUCGCCUGCAAGAAGAACCGUAUAAAAGUGGUUGAGCUCCUCAUCAAGCACGGGGCCUCCAUCGAAUCUACUACCGAGUCCGGAUUGACGCCUUUGCACGUGGCCAGUUUUAUGGGGUGUAUGAAUAUCGUCAUAUUCCUACUGCAGCACGAAGCGAAUCCUGAUGUCCCAACAGUGCGAGGCGAAACACCGUUACAUCUUGCGGCUAGAGCUAACCAGACUGACAUUAUACGAAUUUUGCUAAGAAAUGGCGCCAAAGUUGACGCCCGCGCCAGGGAGCAACAAACGCCGUUGCAUGUGGCGUCUCGACUUGGGAACGUGGACAUCGUCAUGCUUCUCCUGCAGCACGGGGCCGCCGUGGAUACAGCGACCAAGGACAUGUACACAGCAUUGCAUAUCGCGGCUAAGGAGGGACAGGAGGAGGUUGCGGCAAUACUUGUAGAAAACAAUGCAUCGAUAAAGGCUACUACAAAAAACGGCUUUACUCCUCUGCAUAUCGCCGCAAAGUACGGAAACAUGAGCGUGGCGAAAAUUCUCCUGCAAAAGGGGAACGUGUUAGAUGCAAGAGGAAAGAAUGAGAUAACGGCUCUGCAUAUGGCCUGCCACUACGAUCAUCCUGGCGUGGCAGGCCUUCUACUGGAGAAGGGAGCCUCGCCCUGUGUCACAUCUCAGAACGGUCAUACACCCUUACACGUUGCAGCUCGUAAGAAUCAGAUGGAGAUUGCCUCGGCUCUGCUUGAACGAGGAGCAGACCCGAAUGCGGAGUCUAAAGCUGGAUUCACACCGCUGCAUAUGAGUGCACAGAAGGGACAUCACGACAUCACUAACUUACUUAUCGAACACGGAGCCGAUCCGAAUCACAAGGCUAAGAAUGGCCUGACUGCUCUGCAUCUGUGCGCCCAGGAAGAUUUUGUUAGAGUAGCGUCGACACUUUCGAAGAAUGGAGCAAGCGUCGAAAGUCGAACGGAGACAGGGUACCGGCCUAUACACGUGGCUGCGCAUUUUGGAAACUCAUCAAUGGUGCGAUUUCUUUUGAAGCAAAACGCAGAGGUCGACGUUAAAACUAAUCAGGAUUACACGCCGCUGCACCAAGCUGCCCAGCAGGGGCACGCUCACGUAGCCUCGGCUCUUCUCGACGGAAACGCAUCGCAUAAUGCUCGCACAAAAGAUGGCUUAACGGCGCUCAACAUUGCUCAAAAACUGGGAUACAUAUCCGUCAUGGAGGUGCUGAAGGGCUUGACGUACGACAAUUUGGCCCCUUGUAAUAAAAAUUGGGAAGACAAGUACAAGGUUGUGGCGCCGGAAAGCUUGCAGGAAGCUAGUUUCAUGUCCGACUCGGAUGACGAAGGAGGUUCCGACACCUUAAUCAGCGAGCAGCCAUACCGAUAUUUAACAGCAGAUCUAAUGAAAAGCCUCCGGGAUGACUCGUUGCCUAUCGACGUUACGAGAGACGAUCCCAUUCACAGACAAGUUUCGAAAGAAGACAGGCAAGACUUUGUACAGAGUAACAACUAUUGCUCGGCUGAAAACUUUGAGAUGCAGGAUAGCACGACUCUGGGAAGGAUGAAUCCAAGAUCAUUCUUGGUGAGUUUCCUGGUCGAUGCGAGGGGUGGGACGAUGCGAGGGUGCAGGCACAGCGGUGUACGUAUCGUUGUACCGCCAAGGAGAGCAACGAUGCCCAUAAGAGUGACGUGUAGAUUGGUCAAGGUCACCAAAACAACGAGCCCUCCACCGCUUAUGGAAGGCGAGGCGCUGGCUACGCGCAUAGUUGAGAUGGGACCGGUCGGUGCGACAUUUCUGGGGCCUGUAUUGAUCGACGUCCCUCAUUUUGCCUCAGUACGAGGUAAGGACCGAGAGAUAAUAAUUCUACGGAGCGAAAACGGGGAAACUUGGAAGGAGCACGACAAUGCUUUGGAUAACGACGACACCCUAGCUGGUACACCCCACGAUCCCCAGAUGAGCGGUUCAUAUUCGGGACGAAUAACUCGGAUUAUAACAACAGACUUCCCGCAGUACUUUGCCAUAAUUACGCGGAUAAAGCAGGAAGUACAUGGAAUCGGUUCUGAGGGUGGAAUACUUAUAUCGAGCGUUGUGAACCACGUACAAGCAGUCUUCCCGCCUGGUGCAUUGACAAAGAAAAUCAAAGUUGGCUUGCAGGCCCAUAUCAUACCAUACGAGCUGACCGCUAAACUUUUGGGAAACUGCGUCGCGGUUUCUCCAGUAAUCACGAUCGAGCCGAGGAGACGGAAGUUUCACAAACCGAUAACUCUCACCAUUCCGACCCCUCAGGCCGCCAAUAAGGGAAUGAUUAAUCAAUAUGGCGGAGGAACCCCCACAUUGCGCCUGCUUUGCAGCAUCGCAGGUGGGACCAGCGAUGCUCAGUGGGAGGAUGUGACAGGGUCGACACCGUUGACCUUCAUGAACGAUCGAGUGUCAUUUACAACUACAGUCUCCGCGAGGUUUUGGCUCAUGGAUUGUAGGAACAUCGGAGAGGUGCCGAAAAUGGCGACAGAACUCUACAGAGAGUCGUUGUUUGUUCCCUUCGUCACGAACUUCGUCAUUUAUUCGAAACGAAUGGAUCUGCUUGAGGCUACGUUGAGAAUAUUGUGUAUGACCGAUGGCAAAGAAGGACUGCAUACCUUGGAGAGACAGGAGGAAUUUCUUGAGAUUGUAAAAAGCCGAGACGUAGAGGCGCUCGACGGCAAAGAUUUUUACAUAGAGUUCAGCGGUAACCUAACACCGGUAACGAAAUCUGGGGUGCAACUACGGUUCACGUUCAGGGCUUUCCGUCAAAACAGACUAUCCUUUCACGCGAAGGUCAAGGAUCCGCUGCUAGAUCCGGUUGCAAGGAUGUUGUUCAUGCGUGAGCCUAAGGUUGCCAAAGGCGAGCCGUCGCAGCAGCCUAUUUGUAUAUUAAAUAUCGUACUACCGGAACUACUUGGAAAGAAAAAGGUUGAACUCAGGUUUGACAAGGAAAGUGAUAUCGAGGACUCAAACAUCAUUUGUCAGAAAAUUGACUCCUACGCGUCUGAAUACGAAGCAGAAGGCAAAGAAAAAUCCGACUAUCCGAAGGCCGUAGUCGCAUCUCCUUUGCACGAAGUGAAAUCGGUCCGCGGCAAGCAUGACGAUGAUCAAAGAGAUGCCGUCAAUAUCACAGAAUUCUUUGCUCAAAAUGCGGCUUGCCCCCUAGAAACCGUAGAUGCUAGUUACCUUAAUAAAGUAGACGCCGGUAAAAGAAGCGAUGAUGCCCCGUCCGAUGUUGAAAAACAAACUUACUCCGAGAAGCUGAAGUUCUGGGAGGAGAUUGGUAAGCAGAGAAGCAUCAGCAGCAUGGACCUAUCGGACUUGGAAGUUCCACAAAAUAACGUGGACUUAGCAACAGAAGACAUUAGUGGUCAGCUUACGAAGAGUGGCUCUUUGUUGAUACAAGAGAAAGAAGAAUUAAUUGAGGAGAUAGUGGAGGGUGAUGGGAUGGAGGGCGAAGAACGGAAAAAUUCCAUUGAUAUACCGGAUAUUUCCGAGUGUUCCGUAGCUGAAAAGGCCCAUUACUUCGAAGAGCAGAUUCAGAGGGAAUUAAUGACACCCGCGAAGACUACAUUGUGUUCAAAGGCACAGGUUGAUCUUGACGCGAUAAACAAAGCAAGGGCGGCAAAAAGGGAGAAACAGCAGUUGGACGUCAAGAUUUCUCACAAAGGCUUAAUCGGUGUACGUCAGGGAGACGAGGAACACGCCAGCGUAGUGCCAAGUAAGACUGAUAACAUUAUAAUAAACGUUGCCAAUAACAUGUGUAACGCGGCAAAAGAAUGUAGUGAAUCAGCGGUGGUGGAUCUGCAUGGCGUUCAAAGCUUGGAACCCGUAAACUCAAAAACAACACCAUUUACCUCGUCGAACGAUGAACAGAUGCAGCGCGGAAAGCCGAUAAAAACGUUACGUGAAGACGUCAAUUCAAAAUUAGAUUACGGAGCUGAUGACGGACGAGUAGAACAAAUUCUUGCAAGUGAUGACGUUGUAAAAGAAUUAUUGUCCAGUAGCAGAUGUAACAAUUUAGUAUCAUUAAAUGACAUAUCGCACGUAUCACCACGUAUGGCCAAUACAUCACCCACCUCAGUGAUUACAAUCUGUCAGGAGUUUCUCGUGGGUGAGAGACAACACGCGUCACGUCAACUGUGGAAAGACAUCGAUGAGGCUGUCGGCAAGGCUGAUUCAGUCGCGGACCAGAUACAGUUGAAAUUGGUAGAACGCAGUGAGGCGGAUGCAAAUCAUUUGAAUCUCGAGCACCGCGAUGUCGUUGAGAGAUCACUGGGUGAUGAAACCAUCCCCGAGCAGUACGCCGACAAAGAAGCGUCUAGCACACACAUUGAAAAUAUUGAGCACAGAACGGCAGAGAUUGCAUUAGAAACUGGUUCAGAUGUAAGUAUGCAACCAUCGGAGGAACAAGACACGAAAUCUAUUCGGAUCAACAAGGAAUGCCAACCUGCAUUACCGGCAAAUGAUCGUGAUAAAGGAAAACAAAUUGAGAGAAUUUGUGUAUCUAUUCUGGACGUCGGUGCCGACGAAGCGUCGAAUCAGCUGAAGUUGACUGACGAAUUUCAAUCGGAAGAAGCCAAUAGAUCGGUAAUCACAGAAACGAGUAGACAGUCCGAAGGACUGGCACGGCAAUGUGAAACGAAGGCAUGUCACGAAUUUUCAGAUAGUGAAAUCACCAGUGAAGAUGUGCCAGCGAUAUCUGGGGAUCAAAGGAAUUCGGUUAAAAUUAACACGACGAAGAAGGAAUGUGACUCACGAAUCCCGAAACACGUUGGUUUGACGAAGAUGGAACAUGAGACACAACCAGUGAAACGCAAAGACAAUGCGGGAAGUCGAAUUCCCGUUGCCAGCGAUCAACAAAUCACAUCAGUGCUACAACCGGAGCUCAAGGCAGGGCCGAGGACCUCUCACCGUAAAGUUAUCGCGGGUAUCGCCAAUGGAAAAGAAUCGGAAUCGCGUAUACCAAGACGCACUGCUGAAGCAUCAAAGACAGAAACAGAUGAAAGAUUCGUACAUCGAUACAGGACCGAGUAUGAGGCUCACACCGAGGCCAUAGAAAGUCCUAAAGAAAGUUUCCCAGCAGCUGCAUUGAAUAUGACCGAUUCAUCCAAGAUAGUAACGACGAAGGAUACUCAGGCAAGCCAGGUGUCUCACAGAGUCGUCGAGUCGCUCAGGGCCGAGGAAACGAUGCGUCUUUCUGUCAGCAAGUCUACUGACGAAAUUUCCCUGACGGACGUUACGAUUGAGUCGAAGAAGUUUAAGGACCAUACUUUCGGAGCCGAUUCGACGAAGGCGUCUUACUUGAGUGAAAACAUAUCUGAUAAUGUCAUGGCAGAAUUUACGUCGAUAAAGUCAACUGCCGAUCAUAGGACGUCAGCAACAUCGCGAGAGAAAGGAACCAUCUCUCCGGAAAUGUCUGCUAUCACGGCAAUGGCACUUAUUACUGCCACACAGGAGGAAUUAGUAGAAGAAAAGACAAACGGAAGAAUGAAGUCAACAUUGGCAAAAAAGACGCCGACGCAAAGUGUGGAAGAAAUCUAUCGCAAUAACGAAGAAUUGGAGAUGACAUUGAAACGGGAAAUGUCUGUGAAACUGCUUGACAAUGGUAAGUCAUUUAUAGCUGAAGGGUCAGCCAGCACGACAAUCUCUGACAGUAUGCAACAAGAGAAAGUCAAAUUACUUGAGGAUGAACAUGGUUUUCUUAUAGACGCAACAAACAUCAGCAGUUUCGGGGAAACUACGGCUCACGCAAGUGUCAGAAUAUGCACAGAUUUUUCAGCUGUGAAGGUGGAGCAAAAGUCAGAACGUACUGCCACGACUUUUGAUGCAGACAAUUCAUUUGCGCAAGGAGCGUUGUCAAGUCGUACUGCAGUAAUCGAUAACGUAGCCAGUAGAGAAUCAGAAAAAAUUGGAAUCGAUGUUGAUGAUGAAGUAAUAGUACUAGCCAAAUCUCGUGAUUGCGAAACAAUCAAUGAACCGACAGCGGAGGUGGAAACCUUUCAUAACGACGAUGGUAUCUUAACGAAGGAAUCCGAAGUUCGAAGAAUCGCCGAAACGAUAAUUCGAUCUAUAGAAACGGAAAUAGAAAGCACGUCAAUUCUUGCAGAGAACAUAGUGUUUCAAAGCGUUGGAGAAGUGGAAGACUAUUCAUCUCAGGAACAACUGACCAACGCGAAAUUAAAUCACUACAAACUUGGCAGGGAAUCGAAACAGGAGAGCAUUAGUAUAACCGAGGAACUGACGAGAGACGAGGAGUCUUCGCCGGGAUCUCGUAAUAGAGAAGGGAGCCUCCCUUCUGAAACCUCGGGGGGGAGGUGGUUUCAUGAACAAGAUAUGACGAUAAGUCCUAGCACCGCGUCAGAUCACACGGAGGCGGAAGACUCUAUAGAGAUCGAUUCGAAUGGGUUGGGAAAUAGACGAAAACUAGGUUUACCUGAGUGUCAUUUGGAAGAAAUGCAGCAGCAAGCAGUGGCAAAUAUUCUCGAUCAGGACGGUCGAGCCAUAGCCUUUUCGCGGAAAGAAUCAUUCGACGAUCUGGCGACGUGGGACACGGCAACCUUGAGAAUGUCGGGCGCUCGGGUAUUGGAGAUAAUGGAACCUACAGAUGUAGAAGUAAAUGUUACGGGAGAAUCGAUUUUGUGGAAAACAAACGAGGCCGCCCACGAGCGUUGCGUGGCUAGCCACAGUCCCACAACAGUGCAGGAUGAUUCAGGGGCUAGUACUCUCGCAAGUACUUCACGUGGCAAGCUUUGCGGCGAACGAGCUGGAACUAUCGGUUCAAAUACACUUUUUAAGCAGUCAAACUUGACCGAUGAUCCGAUCGUUGACGACUACGUGAGAAACAACUACGGGAUGGGGUUUGAUCCCAAGAUCAAUGACGCUGAAGCUCGUAGUCAGACCUCGAUAUUGCCAAAACUGCGAAUACAAAAUCUGGAUAUAAAACCUGUAAAUUGGAUGAUUGGAGAUGAGAAAAUUGAAAUAUCCGAGUCGUUGCAGCCUUCUGAGGCAUUCAACCAGGAGCUGGAAGAGUACGAGUCAGUGGUGAAGCAGUUCAGCCUUGAAGGGAUGAAGAACGAAAAUGUGAUACUACCAAUUGAUCAGAAUCAAGAACGCCCCUUCGCGUGCGAGGAUGUGAACAUGAAUGAUGGGACCCCAAUAAAGCUAGGUCAAAAGGAAACUCCAAAGACCAAGUUUACAGUUAUCCCAGUAAGCGAUAAGCAAUUGGAGAGUGAACUCGUUGAAAAUAAUUUGGAUAUUAGUUGUCAAGAGCUGAUGGAAACAUUGCAAAAAGAAUUUGACGCCAAGACUCCCACGGAACACUUUGCCAUGGAAACGUCCAAAGUCGAAUCACCGACUGACAAAGAAGUAGGAUAUAACCCGGUGAAACUGGUGAAUGACGAUUACAGUACCCAAAAACAUACCUUGAAAAAAUCAGGCAAGCAGACUAGUCCGGUGACAGGCACAGGUGCGAAUGAAACAGGUUACUUUGAGAUGACGAAAUUUCAAUCACCGAUGCAACUGGCCGAAGAAAGAAAGGAGGAAACAGUUGGGAUGAAAGGAGAAAUCGACGGUAAAUACGAAUAUGAUACUGCCUUAGGGUGGUGUGGAACUGACAAUAGGACAGAGAAAACUUUAACGGGGGACGCGUCGGGAAGUACCGAAAAAAGCAUGGAAUCAGUUGAGUGUACAGUGUCCUCGGGCAAUGAGAGAAUUCAACAUGUCCUGGGCUUGCCCCAAGAUGAUGACGUCACCACGGUAGGUGGCGGCAUAUUCGACAGUCAACCAACGCUCGAUCACCGCACAACGGCUGACCACGACGCCGGUACCAUAACAAAAACGAGAAGGGACUUACAAGUGACGAAUAUUAAUCUGAGUGCAAGGUAUGCCAUCACGGUGUUGGAUCAGGUAGUGAAAAAAGAAAUUGCAGAAGUCAAAGAAUCUUUGGAAGCAGCAAAACAGGAUUUAAUUGACGAAUUGAGCGAGAAUAGCAAAAUGGUUUUUCACAUAAAAGACUCGCCUUCGGAGUUUCAAUUCAAACUUGAGUCGGAAUCGAUACCGAAUGAAUUACCUUUCCUGUACAAAGCACCGUCCGCAAACGAUCAGCCAAACAAACACGAUGGUACAGAAAACACGGGGGCAGCUUCACCAGUCGCAAAGUUACGAAGCACUGGUGCUGAUGUGAAGGUAGAUGUUGACAAGAAACUUGAAUUAGUUAGCAGGGAGCUACGAAAAGACAGUGGUGCAAUCACAAAGGAGACAGAUGAAGGUGAUUUUAAAUCAGAGUCCAAGAAAGAGAUCGAGAUCCUGAAACGCGAGACUGUUAUCGAUGCAAAAGUUGAGAAACCACCCACCACUGAUUUAAGUGGAAAUGGUAACUGCUCGGUUCCGAUCCCCAUCGAUACAUCUGUACCCGCCACCGCUGCAGACCCCGGCCCCGUCUCCGUCCCCGUCCCCGUCACAGCUCCUGUACCAGCCAGCAGAUCGAGUUCAGACGUAGAGACCAUAGACAACAGCUUCUUGAUGUGCCCCCCUCAGCCAGCACCAAGGAGAAGACAUAAACCGGAGAGAGCACUGAAAAAGAUCAGAUCAGACAGUGAAACCGACAUCGGUUCCAGUUCUGGUGAGAGUAACUAUCACUCAUGUGACUAUGAAAUAGGAAGUGGCAGCAGGCCAAGUUCCUCGGACAUUGAGGCAAUGCAAUCGGGAAUACUCUCGGGAACCGCAUCGGAAUACGAGACAGCCUUGAUGUCGGUUGAAAAUUCAUCGGCGUCAAAACCCACCUCACAAGAUUACCACACCGCAAUCAGCUCAUUGAGUUCGAGGGAAUCCAUAAAAUCUCUUUAUUCGGAGAGUUCUGGACAUUUGGCGAGUAUCGAAAGUUCUAGCGAGCUUUCGGAAACACUAGUGCCUUCGGAGAGCGACUUGGACCGAGACGAUUUCGACGAAAGCGUUGAUCAUGUUCUUGAAACCGACGGAGUUAGCGUUGGUGCAACAAUCGUGUUGAAAGCUUCUCACGCGCCUGACAACGAUAAUGUAUUACCAGCGCCAAGUGAUGCCGCCUGCAAUAUCGUGGAAACGAACGUGUCAGCUGUCGCGACAUCCCGUAUGAAAAGAUCCUCCGAAAUGAUAUUUCACCAAGACGACGAGUCUUGUGAGAAGAUCGGCUCAGUCGUGAUGGAUACUUGUGAACAUCAAUAUUCCAAUAGCAAAAAUGUAUUACAUAAUAAAUCCAUCGACAACGCAACGUCCACGACAUUGAUUGUUGAGAGUGAAUUUGUUGGAGAUGGCGAUAUGCAAUCUGUCGACAUUACGACGUCUCGCGUAGACGAAGAUGGCAUCCAAAGUGUCUGUACUCAGGUUACCUCCCGGGAUAAGGGGGUGUCAGCCAAUAAUACAUCCAGCCGUUUGGCAGAGUCAGAGUCUGUUAUCGUCGAGAAUUGGAUGGCAACGAACGCCGGCGGUUCCAGCAGUAUCGUUCAGUCAAACACAAUGGACGUUAGAGCAGAGGAAGGAGCUACGGUAACCGAUGCCGAAAUCGAAUUCACGGGAUUCGAGCAGAGGCCGGACUUGUCAUUGAUACAACAGGCCAGUGUGUCCACAUCCACAGCAUCUGGAAUAUCAUUAGAAACGGUCAUCGACAAUACAGAGAAACAAGAGCGCCGUUCCCCCGAUAGCGAUUCGUUCGAGUUAGUCGACAAGCCAGACAUUAUCGAUGACUUUGUCGUUAUAGAAGAGGUGGGCCGAGAAGCGGAGGAAUUCGACGCCGAGGGAAAAAGUAUCCACAUAAGUAGUAUGAGUAUAGUGUCCGCAAAUGUCAAAACUUACGACAGGGAGGUAGAGAACUUGAUUACGAACACCAAGCGCGAAGAUCACUCGCAACCGACGAGCCAGCUGCAAGUUAGAAAUAACGAAUUGUUUGACUUCGAAUCAGAGGACAGCCCGCCCCAGGUAUCAAACGAGGAGCAUUUAUACUCCCAAUCGUAUUCGGAUGACGAGCAGUACGAAGGCGGAAAGAAAUGGGUGGAGAUGCAGUUUCAGACAGAUGCCCGUGGUUACGAGAUCGACUACGAUCGUGGCCCGCUGGAGGACAUAAAAGAGGAGGAGAUAACCGACUUCGAGGCGGGUAGCAGCCGUUUUGGAAGCUUGGGAAGUCACAAGGAAUCGGUUGGAAGCAUCGGUAGCGCACGUGGGAGUCUGGGAAGCACGCCUGAGUAUGAUGUACUAGCGGGAAGAAAAUACUUUACCAAGCCGUCCGAGCAUGAUAAUUUAUCACUGAGCUCCUUGCAAGAAUUCGAGAGCCUCGAGAAUGCCGUGGCAAUGGAAAAUUCGAAAAAGUUCCAUUGCGGCUCUCAGGAUUCAAUAAACAAUGGUAGUCUACCCAGGCGUUAUCUCGCCGGUCGGUCAGGUCACGGUGAUGAUGUAUCACUGUCCUCGUUGAAGGAUUUCGAAGGAUUGGAGACAGCCUGCCGUGAGGCCCACAUGAUUGAGCUGCGAGCCAGGGAGGAAGAGGAUCUUCUUGACCAUGAAAGUCCCGAAAAUCGAUAUAAGCUGGAAGGUCUAGCAAGAGCGAAGGCAGAAUCGAGUACCCCGGCAUCUUUUAAUCCCAGCACGUCGGGUUCCGACGAUUACGAGAAGCGUAUCAGAGAGAUCGACGAGAUUAUUCGGAUUGCACAAUCGAACGUGGAGAAAUUUGACCGUCAAGAUGACACGGCGGAAGAUAUUUCACAGAUUGAUAUCACCGAGACAGACUCUAGGGGCCCCGGUGUUAACAUAGGCCCAGGACAAAGCAAGCUAAUCGAAGCGGCCGAUAAUUUUUGUGCGAUCGGGCUAAACGAAGGCCAGUCCCGUGUGGUGCAGGUACAACCGAAAGAUCAAGACAUUAUGGAAACUAGUACGGAUUCGUUGGAAUGUGAUGAUAACGCCGUUGACAAGAGAUGCGAUCCUCUUUGUAGGAGUUCGGAUUCCUUGGAAAUGAAAACAAACUUGGACUUACCGUCUCUGAGCUCGGAUUCCCUCAACAACACCCGUGACCCGCGAGAAUUGCAGCCGCCGAGUUGUACCUUUGAUCAAUUUGAUAAUUCCUGCAGGCGGAUAUCCUCCGACUCAUUGGAAAUACCUUCCUCGGAACAUCAGGAGGGUAAUAUUGUGCAGGAUAAGAGCCACGAAGCGAGCUGCGAUAACCGAAAUUAUUCCGAAAGAAGUGAUACUGACAAUUCCUCUGUCAGGCGCGUUGCCUCGACCGAAGCGGCAAGCUUAGCGAAUACGAGCUUGAAAUGUGAUCUGCCCAACGACGGGACAUAAAAGAUGAUGUCGGGUGUAUAAAUAUUGAUAGGUAAUGGACUAAAUGAAAACGUAUUGCUCAGGAUUCAUCGUUACCAUGCGAACUAAUAAUAAGCGAAGAGUUGAGAAAAGAUCUACGUUUGAUCAUUUUUGCUUUUAGUUCACCCAGCAUAUAUGAUCGAAAAAUAAACGUCAAAGAUAACUUAUGUGCAUAGUUAUGCUUAUGCCCUUUAUCAUACUUUCAGGUAAACACACGUGAA